GUAGUGUAACCCACUCAGAUAAGCUUGCGAAACGGCGUGUAUCUUGCGAAUAUGUGAGUGACGAUUUGAUCUAACCGUAAAGUGUCCAUUAGGAUAUAAUGUUGUGUAGACUGUGAAUGAUCUUUGCCUGUGAGUUUUGCCAGAGUUGUGGGGAAUAAAGGCGUGGAUCAGCUGGAGAGAGAUUUACCUGUCUUUGUUAACAGUCGACAGAGCGGCGUACCUGGCCAUAUGAUGAGUGAUGAUUAAGCGGUGAUGUUGGGAUUUUACCCGGGGACAUCUGGAUGUUAGCAUGUGUGUACAGGACACGGGCUGGACAGGCGGGUUGAACACACGGACAGUUACCCAUGGAGAGUUAAUGAUCCUGUUUUACCUGGCGCUGAUUGCUCUUUGUCGGCAUGCUGUCGGGUCGCCAGAUGGAGACGGUUACAGUCUGUCCACCGCGGAAGUCUACCUGGCCUACACCUCGGAUCUGGAAGUCACAUACACGAUCCCGACUGGUGUCAGCAUGCCUAACGCUUUUCUCCAGCUCUUUUCCCUGGACUAUAACCGGGAAAUCACCACCCUGGGGGUCACCCUGGGGAUGACCUCUCAGACCCUCAGGAUAGCCUGUGGGGUGGUGGAGUACGCCGGGGAUUACGCAUUUAGGAUGUUCAUGUACCUCGGAGGAAGAAAGUUAGCCGAAACCAGGCUCAAAGUAAAAUGGCCAACGAUCAGUCUCUCAUUGCCACCAGAGCACGUGGCAUUGACUGGGGGAUUCCCCCUCACGAUGACGUCAGAGGCUAAAUGCAACGCCAUCGUUCACCGCUACACGUUUUGGAUCGAGCUAAUUUACCUGGGUCCGGACCGUGACGGUGCGUCACGAGGUUUGUACGAGCCUUACCAGAUGGGAAGGAAAAACGUGUCCGCGAUCAACAAACCCAGGAUAUCAGAGUUCUUUGAUUGCAGUAGUACGGAUAUUGUCGGAUUUUACCGGGCAGAACUAAAGUCUAACUCCAACAGUUCUGUUACUAUAGCUCAAAGUAAUUUAAUGUUCGUCACAUGGAGUGACAAAUAUAACUUAGCGACGUUUUACAAUAGUGUUUUCCCGUGCGACAAAAAUUUGACGCUGAUGUAUGAACAGCCAUUAUGUACGGACAAAAUGGAUAAAAUUCGAAUGUACAAGUUAGUCAGGAAAGUGCAAGGCUCUCUGGCAGCGCCUAUCGAGCAGGUUUACGUCAUGGAAAGAUUUGCCGUGCGAGCUGGCCGCACAUUGACGUUCAACUGCUCGACGUUUGAGCGACAAGCUUUGGGCUAUUGCUUCAUCUACGUCAGUUUGUCCCGCACAGGCGCUGUCGCCGAACAGAAGAAGUACUGCUUGCCGGCUCACGAGAACGCAGUUCUUGCAGCUGACGGUCACUGGAGCGCGUGGUCGCCAUGGGGGCAAUGUUCGGUCUCAUGCGGCAACGGUAAGAAAAGUCGCUUCCGGAUGUGUGAUAAUCCUCCACCAAUGAACGGAGGCGAUUUCUGUGUUGGGGACCCCGUGGAGUGGACCCCGUGCUCUUCAGUUUGCCCUGAGCUGCUUUCGGAAUUAACUCCAUUGUACUCUGUGAAGCUGGAUGAGCGAUGUGCUUGUGGAUGCACCAUGACGAACAGCACUGGGAAGCUUGUGGCCUCAGGCCGCUGUCAGGGAUUAGCCAUUUGGAGAAUCAGGGUGAAACGCGAUCAAAAGAUAAAACUCUCCUUUGCUUAUAUGGACUUAUACGAAAAUAUGCAGUGGGUGCAAGUACGAAACGGUGGCUCAAGACAUGCUGACUUACUGGCUUUUUCGGACGGAAGCGUUCAUUUAGAUGACGUCACAUCGUCGACCAAUGAAAUGCUGGUUGAGUUUAUGACAAAAUCCACAUCAGCCUCUACAACUUCUCUGGGCAUAGUUUUGCUCGAACCUACAAAGAGCAUCCACGUCCAUGGAUUCAUCGCUUAUUACAAUGUCUUGAAUAACAAUGUGACGACAGUGGCCGCUUCCCGGUUGACACCGAUUACCAAGCCGGUUUGGGAGAAUGCCGUUACUAUCGUCGGUGUUGUGGUUUGUGUUCUCAUUAUCAUCGGAACCGUUCUCUUCGUAGUUUAUCAUCGGAUUCAAAGAAAGAAUCGUCAUAAAUAUAAGAUGACGAAAACUGAGAGCCCGACUAGUCCCGUCCACAACAAAGGCACAUCCAUUCAAACGCCGAGCAGUCCAGACGAGCUGGAUAGUCCGGGUGUUGACAUGGAGACGCCUCUCACAGGAGAACUGAAACGGAAGGAUUAUCCUGUGAAUGCUGGGAAGUCACGUGGCUCCUCAAUAUCCAGCACGUCGAGCGCGGGAUAUCGGCGCCUGCGGGCUAUGGCGGAUGUAGAAACUGGAGGAAGUUCCAGGCCGUCGUCAAGGCCCUAUACGCCUCUGCAGAGUCCCUAUGCCGCCAAUGCUUCUAUAGAAGACUUUAAACACGACCAAAACUUUUUUAAGGGAUACCGUCCAAGGUCACCGAAAGUUCACCCUUCUCCGAAAAUGAGGCGGUCGUCGAAUUCCAAAUCGCCAACCUCGCCGCCAACAAAGCAUAGCAUGCUAACAAAAGCUUUGGUGGAGCGGCGGAAGGAUGAGGACGACAAUCGUGUUGUGACAGGAGCCUCCUCCACUCCCACCUCCAAGGAUCAGUCCGGAUCCGCCUCCACCUCCAAGACGGAGGACCGAGGUCCGGACACCAGCAAGAGGAAAAAGAGGGAGAAAACUCCGGGUGGAGGCGAGGCUCAUAGUGACAAAUUCCGGUCGGACAAACCGACAGGGAGUAAAGAGUCUCGCCGCACGGAGAAACCCAGGGAUGGGAAAGACUCGCAUAGUAAAUCAAAAUCUAGUAGGAAGAAAUUAAAAUCUAGCGGCGUGCUCACGCCGAUGAAGAAUACCGUCGAGAUGGAUGUAAAAAGCGUGACGCCUCGCGAAACAAGUGCUCAACAUACAACAACGGAAUUUACAGGGACUCAACCCAAAGCAAGGAGACCGACAUCACUGACGGACAGUUAUGAUUCGGACAAACCUGCAGCCAAAGCCAGCUCAGCAGAAAAGAAAAAAUUUAAAUUUAUUAAAAAACGGGAGGCACCCAAAACGGAGAGAAAUUCUCCACGGGGUGCAGAGGAGAGGCAGAAGUGUCUGCCUCGACCCGACGGUCAGAGUCCCGAAAGUAUCAUGGAGGAGCGAGUAACUCCCUCCGUUAACUCAACCCCCAAGAGCAUUAAGAGUCUCCGCAGCAAUAAGACCCUAUCGCCCACCAAGUCGGUGAGGUCGGCCAACACCCCUUCGGACAUGGCCGAAUUGGAGUACGAUGACUUUAUAGAGGACGAUCCGCUGUCUUACUUCGAGUACAACGAAAUGCUUAAACUGCGGUGGCAUGGUGUCGAGAAGAUAGGCAAACCGGUUAAAGAGGAAUCAGCUGUUAACGGGGUGGAGAAGCACUAGUAGUCCUCGUUUUCUGGGAGAGGCAUAUUUGACUUCAAGCAGUAGUGCUGGUGUUCCGAAGAUGAAUGUAUGGCUUCAACCAGUAGCUAUGGUGCUCCGAAGAGAAAUGCAUGACUUCAACCAGUUGUGCUGGUGUUCCGUAAGACCAUGUUCGACUUCAACCAGUUAAGCUGGUGUUCCGGAGAGGAAUGUUUGAUGUCAACCACUAGUGCUCGUUCCGGUGGAACAUAUCUGACAUCGCAUAAUACGUGAUUCCAUGCUCAGAUCGCUCAUCUGCGUCCUUAUUCGGGUUAUCUGACGUCACGUGACACAUGAUCUCGGAUUUUAUGUCACCCAGACAACAUGACCGGAAGUUCUAAUAUAUCAUUUGUGUUUAAUUUGAUCUGGGAAUCACAUUUAUUUAUAUUGUCAUGAUUAAAUUAUGUUUUUUUUUAUUGAAAUGACAUUUUUUGUUGAUAUUAUACAGUUUUACGUGACCUUAUGCUUACUUUUAAUCUGGGCUUUCAGUUAACCCUAAGUCACAUAACCCUGAUCCGAACGGAAAAAAUUGCAAUAAAUAUAGCUUUGAACUGCAAGUUCCCAUUAUACUGAUUGGCAGAUGAAGGACUUUAUUGAAGAAUGUAUUAUUACUGUUUGAGGUUUCCUCAUUGCUUUUCACAUAAUUCAGAUGCGGCCUUCCCCAUUAUGCUGUAUCGACAUAGCUA